AUGAGCUUGGUGUUAUCCAGUGAUGCGAAACCGAGACUGAAAUGGACUCGAGAACUGCACGAAAGAUUUGUUGAUGCAGUUAAUCAGCUUGGAGGUGCAAAUAAGGCUACACCGAAAUCCGUAAUGAGGGUGAUGGGCGUUAACGGACUCACUUUGUAUCACCUCAAGAGCCAUUUACAGAAAUAUAGGAUGGGAAAGAAUAAACAAUCACAAUCCUAUUAUGAGGAUGAUGAACAAGAAAACUACAGAGAUAAUCAGAGUUCCAUCACUAGCAAGAAUUAUGAUGGAGAGCAGAAUCAGACUAAUGAUUUGCAGAUAGCUCAGGCACUACAAGUGCAAAUAGAGGUGCAGAGGAAACUUCAUGAACAAAUUGAGGUGCAAAGACAUUUGCAGCUGAGAAUUGAAGCACAAGGAAAGUACUUACAAUCUGUCUUGAAGAAAGCACAGGAAACACUUGCUGGAUAUAGUGCUUCCUCGACUGAAGUCGAACAAGCAAAAGCUCAACUUUCUCAGUUAGUCGCAAUGGUUGACACUGGGUGUCUAAGUCCUUCAGUGUCCGUUUUGACAGAGAGUGAAGGCUUACUUUUAAAAGAUUCUAAGGAUAUACCAAGACAUACCAGAUGCUCGCUCGAGAGUUCCUUGACAUCAUCUGAGAGCUCGGGCAGAGAGGAAGAAACUUGUCCGACGCUUGACUUUGAUGACAAUGAGAAGACUAAAGUUUCCGAAACCUGUUCUAGGAAGAGGAAUCACGUUGUGCUCUCACUGAUGGAAAUGCAUCCUACAGAAAAGAGUGGAUUAGAAGAUCGAGUUAGCGAUACGAAAAGGAACAGAAGUAAUAUAUAUGAUGGCAAUUCUUUUGUGCAACCAUCAGGUAAAAGGUCAGAAGGGGACAGAAGUCAUGAACAAUUGAUAAAAUUUGGAUCAAAGGAGACAUUCGAUUUGAACAGUAAAUGCCUGACAGAGUUUGAUUCAGGUCCAAAAGCGAUAGACUUGAACUUCAAUGCAGUCGAGCAAUUUACUGAAAAUCUUUAG